UAGCUGGCUAACGUUAGCUAGGUUAGGGGUUAAAGUUAAUGUCAGGAUUUAGUUUAGGAGUUAGGUUAAAGGGUUAAGGUUAGGGGAAAGGUUAGCUAAAAGGUUUACAAUUAGUGUUAGGGAAAAGGGAAGCUAACAUGCAAAGUAGCUAAAAAGUAUUAAGUAGUUGAAUUGUUGCUAAUGAUUUAAAAUGCUUUAAAAAAAAUCUAACUCACAACCUUUGGGUUUCUAGACGCACACCAUUCACCCCGACCAACCACCUUAAGUAACCAUCUGACUUAUCUACAGUAAUCAUACUAAACGUAACAUAUCAUACUAAUUAGAGAGUCACGAAUUGACUUUACUAUGUUAAAUCUAGUCUAUGAGACCAGGCUGCCAAUACAUACAUCAAGACAAAUAAAGUCAGGAAGGUAAGACUGUAAGACUGUGAUCAGCAAGUUUGUCAAAAGCGUUCAUGCCUCAAAUACAUCUCAUAAUACAUGGGCAUUAUGAGAUGGCUUGUUGUUAGGCCAUAAAGGAAAGUUUGGCUGCUCUGGUGGUGUUGACCUUUGACCUUGUUGACUUCAUGUCCUGCUUAACCUCCUGCCUUGGCUUCUGAGGAUGCAGAUCCGACCGGAUGCAGAUCCAGUAAUGGUCACAGUACCAACGGAGGGCGUAACAUAUUUCUGGUCCCCUGCCAGAGCUGCAGCUCCUUGGGACUCAUCCCGAAGGCGGAGGAAUACACCAUGAAUACAGCCCGGUUGGAACUCAUGUUCUACAAGCUCAGAGAGGGACAGCCUGAUGAAAUCUGCACUGGAGAAGACCUUGUCCCCGCGUCAAAAAGGACACCAGGUCUCUCCGUGACGCACAUCGCAACCGUCUACCUGCCUCUCUACCUUUUAGACAAGCUGCACGGCGAAAUGGACGGUCAGAAAAGCAACGGUGGAGCAGAGAGGGAGAGAAUAAAAAGAGAAAGGCCCUUGCCACAGACGCAGUUAAAUGCUGCAAAAUAAGCGACAUGUUCGCCAGUAAGGGACCAGAUGCUUGCCUGCUAGACACUUACUUCAAUACUUCAAUCAAGAGAUACCAGGGAGUGGACCUUAGACGGAGAAAGACAGACAGAGAGGUUGAUCUCACUCCAUUGACCAGCGUUGAACACUUGUUGCUUCUGGAGCGGAAUACACAGUGCUUUCAAACAGAGUGUCACCACGACUGUACUAUGUCAGCAGUGACCACCCAGCCCCUUCCCUUCGGCCGUCUGGAGAGAGAGAAGCACAUCGAGAGGCUCUUCAGAGCCUUCCACAGUCAAAGGAGGCUCUCCACCAAUCCCCAGGGUUUGCCUGGCUCCAUACCCCACCACGGGGCACCUGACCUGGGCUUAGAGGACCAGCAGCAGGGCCUAGGCCCUGGAGGUCCGGGGGGUAAAGGGGAGAAUGGCCACAUGAGGCCCAGGGCUUCUGGAGGGCCAGAGAUAGCAGGGGAGCAGUGGUUGAAUGGUGUGGGUGGACAGGAGGGUCUGGCUCUCCUGGACGCAGUCAGCCAACUACGUAUCACAGCCAGGCCAGAGCUGCAAGGUCCACAAUGUGUGUCCCGCAGGACCUACAGCAUUGCCACCGGGGACAGCAGUGAGCAGCUCUUUGUGGCUGUAGAAGAGAGUUCCUGUAUGUGUCUGCACUGCUGCGGUCCGGCACGGUCCUGCUCCCUACAAGGUUUUGACCGCCAGGCCCGCCAGGUCUUCCUGUUUGAAAGACCCCUCAGGGUGGACGCGUGCUGCCUUGGCUGCUGCUUGAUGGAAAUGAGGGUCUACACCCCCAAACGGCAGCUCAUAGGGAGCGUACGACAGCGAUGGAGUAUGUUCACCCCUCUCCUGGAAGUGUGUGAUUCCGAUGGAACCUCCACUAUAAGAAUCCAGGGAUCAUGCUGCCCCUACCGAUGCCUCUCUAACCAAGAAUUCCAGGUGGUCUCAGCCAUCGGUGAGAAAAUUGGCUCCAUAUGGAAGAAAUGGCCUGGGUUUAAUGAAGAGUGCAACAUGGAUCAUGAAUACUUUGGGUUAGAGGUUCCACAGGAUAUGACAUCACAGACCAAACUUCUUCUGCUGGCGGCCACGUUCCUACUGAAUUAUAUGUUCUUUGAGAUGAGCUGAACCGGCACCAGACAACCAGAGAUGAGAAAAUGUAGGUAAUCAAAAGUGGACCAUGAGAACUGCAGAGGCCAAAUGACCAUCGGCGAGUUUCACAGCUUCGCCCGAUGCCACGCCGCCGCAUCAUCAGAGAUUGAACACAUGGACAGUUGUUUGGGGGAGGGGUGCAAAUGUUAGCGACACCAAAGAUGUCCUGGCCUGCAUGGCAUGGCCUCCUUUCCUUUAUUUAGUUCUCAUUUAGUUGUCCUAGUAGAAGAGAUACAUCCAAUAAAUCUUAAUAGAUACCUUG